AGUUUCAGGCUGGCCGGGUAGCUCGGGACAUGCACAACUCUAGGAUGAUCCAACCUUAAAUAUGGGAAGGAAGGAUGAUGACAGGUUAGCCGAAAUGGGUAGCGUGGUCGCAACCUUGUGGGCCGCCACUUCUCUUCACGUUCACCCAUCCUAAUUUAUUAUUUAUUUAAUUAAAACUCGGACGGGCCACGAACCUAAGCCAGCGAGGCGCGAGCCAUGUAUAGAUAACGAAAAAAAAUCAGAACGCUUGAGCUCAGACCGAAGAAGAAGAAGAAAGCUGCGAACUGAAAGAAAAAAAAAACUAAAUUAGAAAGCUAAUUUGAAGAGGAGACGAGAAGAGAAAAAUGGAGUCGACGGAGUCGUCUUAUAUGUCAUCACCAGAGGCUGCGAGGAAGAGAUCUCCGCCGCCACCUAAAUCGCCGACUUCUGGAACUGUGAAAGCUGAACUGACUAUGAGGUCAAUGGUGGUAUGAGGUGCGAGGAGCUGCAAGUGGGAAUUGAUUUCUUUGACUUUGGGUGCAUUUUCAUGGACUUUGAAGCGAGAUGCUUGAGAAUGCAGAGAAGCCUACAUAUGUCAGGUUUCUUGUCUCCAAUGCUGCGGCUGGUUCAGUAAUUGGAAAGGGUGGUUCAACAAUUACCGAAUUUCAGUCAAAAUCAGGAGCUCGAAUCCAGUUGUCACGCAAUCAUGAAUUUUUCCCGGGAACAUCAGACAGGAUCAUUAUGGUCUCUGGAGCAAUUGAUGAUAUACUCAAAGCUGUGGAACUUAUCCUUGCAAAAUUAUUGGAUGAGCUUAAUAUCAAAGAUAAUGAUGAUGUUGAACCUAGAACAAAAGUGAGGCUAAUUGUUUCCAAUAGCUCUUGUGGCAGCAUAAUUGGGAAAGGAGGGGCUACCAUAAAGUCAUUUAUUGAAGGCUCCCAAGCUGGCAUUAAGAUAUCUCCACAGGAUAAUAAUUUUUAUGGCUUGAAUGAUAGGCUAGUAACAGUUACUGGCACUCUAGAUGAGCAGUUGCGAGCAAUUGAUUUGAUUCUUUCCAAGCUUUGUGAAGACUCUUAUUACUCACAAGCUAUGCAUGCCCCAUUUUCAUAUGCAGGUAUUUUCUUCUCUGGUUUUCAUGGUAUUCCAUAUGCAUAUAUGCUUCCUUCUGUUGCUACAGCGACUUACAAUUCAAUGAGCUAUGCACCAAAUGGGGCUGGAGUGAAGUUUCCGAAUCACAAGGAGGAUCAUAGCAACUCUAUCACGAUUGGUGUUUCUGAUGAGCAUAUAGGACUGGUUCUUGGUCGUGGUGGAAGGAAUAUCAUGGAAAUCAGUCAGGUAAGCGGUGCCAGGAUAAAAAUAUCGGAUAGGGGUGAUUUCAUGUCUGGAACAAAUGACAGGAAAGUCACAAUCAUGGGAUCACAGAGAGCAAUUCAUCAAGCAGAGUCCAUGAUACUGCAGAAGGUAGCAAACGUCAGUGAGAGGGUGAUGGAUUAGUUUUCCGGUUAUCAAUAGAUUCAAAACCAUUCUUGUGAGUUUUUUCAUGGAGUGGCUUAUGACUUCUUCACAUAGUUCAACUCAAAACAUAUCUACAUUCAUUGGCAUCAAUGAGUUAAUUGAGAAAGCUAUAAGUGCAUGAAGAUAGCAGCAAGAAGGGCAAAUUUUUAUUCAGUACAGCUUUUGUUAGGUAUUCUUCGGAACAGAUAGACUAAUUUUAUUGAUUUAAAAAAAAAAAAAAAAAAGGAAACAGAUUUUAGAAUAGGCUAUCAUUUGCAUAACUGAAUACAAAUUAGCAUAAUUUUCAUUUGGUUAUAUAAUUGUAACGGCUAGCUGUUGUUUACUUUUAUUGAAUAUUUGAACUAUACAUCUUGAGAGGAUACUCUUCUUGACAUUGAAUUUAUGCAGCAUUUCAAAACA